AUGCGUGCCCUGUUGGCCCUGCUCGUGCUCGGAGCCGCCGUUUGGGCUGCACCAACAUACCAAAACCCGCAGGAGGAGCUCUCCGCCCUGCAGUCAAGAAUCCAGGAUCUUCAGCGUCAAUUGAAGGCCCAGGACACGUACGGAUACUCUAAUCUCAACGCAUUUGCGCCCCCGGAGAAGCGCAUGGUCGCCUGGCAGCCGAUGAAGAGGGCCGGAAACGGAGGGGUUGAACGCGAGCCUUUGCUCCGCGCCAUCGAGGGCCAGCUGAGCGACAUUUUGAGGGCUGGAGAGAAGCUGGGCGUGUCACCUGAUGAGGUUCUGAACGAUCUUCGCCAGCGGAACACGAUGAUCGGCCAA